CCCCAGCAGCAGUACAGGUGAGUGCGGCGUCGAGAGCGCGAGCGGAGCAGCGUCAUGAGACUCGGUCCGAGCCGCACACUGUAUUAACCAGAACCGAACUGACCCGAGCGGACCCGAACUGACCCGAACUGACCCGAGCGGAGGAGACCUAGAUCUGGUUCCGUAUGACUCCAUGAAUGACCUCUGACCUGUGAAGCCCCGCCCCUCCGGUCCUGUCCAAUCACACCAAGCCGAAACGAUGGUUUGCUAUGACAAUGAGAGUGUGAAGUUCUUCUACAACAUCAGCAUGAAGAACAUCAGCGAAACGUGGAGGACUAAAGACUACGUGGUGGUGUCUCUGGGCCUGCUCGUCUCUGUUUUCGUCAUCUUCACCAACAUCCUGGUCAUGCUGGCCAUCUUCAUGAACCGCAGGUUCCACUACCCCAUCUACUACCUGCUGGGGAACCUGGCGGCGGCCGACCUGUUCGCAGGCAUCUCCUACAUGUACCUGAUGUUCCACACGGGCCCCUGGACCAUCAAACUCUCCAUCAGUCAGUGGUUUAUACGGCAGGGUUUGAUCGACACCAGUCUGACGGCGUCGGUCAUUAAUCUGAUGGCCAUCGCGCUGGAGCGCCACCAGACCAUCUUCACCAUGCAGCUGCACAGUAAAAUGAGCAACCACCGGGUGGUGCUGCUGAUCAUCGGCAUCUGGCUCAUCGCCAUACUGUUGGGUUUGGUGCCCUCGAUGGGAUGGAGCUGCUUGUGCAACACCAGUGUGUGCUCGAACAUGGCACCACUCUACAGCCGCAGCUACCUGGUGUUCUGGGCCGUGCUCAACCUGCUGUCCUUCACCGUCAUGCUGGCCGUUUACACGCGGAUCUUCGUCUACGUGCUCCACAAGAACCACCGCAUGAGCCAGCACACCUCGCAGGUCAAGCAGAAGGAGACGGUGCUCAACCUGAUGAAGACCGUUGUCAUGAUCCUGGGAUGUUUUGUGGUGUGCUGGACACCGGGGCUGGUGCUGCUGCUCCUGGAUGGAUUGUGUGAAUCUUGUGAUGUUCUGACCUACGAGAAGUACUUCCUGGUGCUGGCCGAGUGCAACUCCUUCAUGAACCCCAUCAUCUACUCCUACCGGGACAAGGACAUGCGCGACACCUUCAAACACAUCCUGUGCUUCCCGUGUCUGGGUCCUCAGCAGACGGGCGAGCUCUCGGGUGUGCACUUCAACACCGUCAAGCAGGAGCGGAGACGGCGUGUGCUGCAGGACUCGUGGCUCGCUCGUAAGACUCGUGAAGCAGACAGAGAGCAGGCGAACAGAGGACAGCUGGUACUGAAGGAGACGGAGAACAUGCUGGACUCCAGCGAGAGCUGAGGAACAUCUGUGAUACUCUGACUGUGAAUGAGUUCGUUGUACAUAUGGUUUUAUUUAAUUCCUGUCCUCCUGUUGAAGUUGACACAUGGUUUUUAUGUUGUACUUGAAAGCAGGUGACU